AUGUCUUUGCCAGUAACGGAAGACACUCCGCCAGACAUGUUAGCAGGAUCCAUGGAUUUAAAUGUUGUUUUGCCAAAAGGUCAAACGGUCAAAAUGAGCGUUCAAAGAGGAACGCCCAUGAUGGAUCUUUUGGUUCAAGUGACAACUGCUCAUUGUCUAUCGCCCGGAGAUUAUUCGUUACAAGCCAUGGGAGACAAGGGAGUUUUACCGUUCAAACCGAACACUCCGAUCGGAGCGUUGGACACGUUCACGGUUAAAAUAGUCGAGAAAAAAUCACAAAAUCGCGGAAGAGCUCCUCAGGUUCCUCAAAAUUUUCUCAACACUUUUCGUUUGCAAGUUCACUUGCCGAGGAGUCAGUUGUUUGUUCUAAGGGUAACACCCGACGUUACUCUCUCGGAAAUAAUGACUCACAUAUGCACGGAAAAAAAUUUAAAUUUGGAUAAAUACGAAUUUAGGAAUCCAGCAAAACUGGAUGAAGUUUUGGAAUUGGAUAAAGCAUUGGGAGAUUAUAAAUUACAAGAAUUAUCGCUUAUGAGCAAGGGAAAUAGAACGGUUACGAAUUUUAUGUCUUCUGCUGACGUCAUCAAAUUGAAAUCUUCGAAACACAGGCAAAACGUAUGUGUCGUUUGCGAUUCGAGUUUGAGCAGCGGUAGUUUCGGAUCGAGAUCAGGUUCACCCGUGCCUGUGAACAAAGUUACGAUGGCACCGCAACCGCCGAUAAGAAAAAAAAGAAGGCCCGCUCCGAAACCGCCUCGUUACGCCGAAAAAGAGGAAAUGAAUACCGGUUCUGUGCUAAUAUCUCAUUCGAGAGAGAGUUCAGACAGUUCGGGUUACCACGAGGCUUCGGUUCUUUCGGAAAGUCCGACUCACGGCGGUCCAGAUUCAAGGAUGGAGGAGGGUGAAAGUCCUCCCGACACUCUACCGAGAAGAAGCAAAUUACCAUCGAGUCAAAGUUUCACAAAUUUAACGACGAUACAACCCGCGCCAAAGGGUAGGCUCAUAAACAGCGUGUCGAACACAUCAUUGAAUUCAAACGGUUACAGUCGUAAAAAACGAGCGCCUCCUCCGCCACCGCCGCCGCAACAACAACAACAACAAACAACGAACGUUGAAAAAAUAAAGUCAUCAACUUUACCCAUUACAAUGAGCGAAGAGUGGAGAAAGAGUUCCUCCGGUGCCAAAGUUGAUGAGGACUCUAACGCCAAAGUACAAAAUCCCAUAGAAAUCACGUCACGAGUAGUUAACGAAACCAAAGCUAAUAGAAAAGAAGAAGAAGAGGAUGUGCCUUCAACCGUAGACGGAUACGAAGAAAAUGGAGGAACGAAUGAAAAUUUAGAUCAAUCGGCGGAUCACGAUUCAAUCAAUUGGGAAUAUCAACUUCCUCCGCCGCCGACGGAUUUCCGAGAUUCGAAUUCGCCUAAUUGCACGGAAUUCGGUACGAUAACCAUAAGGCCGGAAGUUUUCGAAGAAGGAAUGAAUCGUUACGACGGAAAUGAAAACGUCGGAGUCAAAAAGUCUGAUGCGGUAGACGUAGCGAAGGGAAAAAACGCUUUUAGUAGUAGUAGUAGUCAAAUGAUGAAAGAGUCGACGAUGAGAGAAGAGUUGUUCGAAUCGUCGGAUAGAGACCGGAAAUUGUCGCAAAACAAAUCGGAAGUCAUGAACGAACUAACGAAUAUUUUAAACGGAAAUAGAAAACAAAAGGAGAGAUCACUUUCCGUCAACAACUUGUACAUAACGGAACCCCCGGAAUCCGGGGAAUCGAAGAGAGAUAGGAAACCAUUGAAUUACAGCAGGAAUAAUAAAAACUUGGAGAAAAGUUGCAGUUUGGAAUGCAUACAAAACAGUCAUCAAAUGGAUAACAGGAGGUACAUCGAGAAAAGCGAAGAGAUUUUUCGAAAGCCCAUAGCUCCAGUGCAAAAAAAGAAAAUGGCGAGGAGGUCGGCAUCGUCGCUCGGGGUCAACACGUUGAUGACGUCCAAACGACCAAACACUAUCGAAUACGGACACAACGCGGAUGCCUGGUCGGAAGAUCCGAGCAUAAACGUUCUCAAACAGCAAUUUUUAGAAUUUUUAAAAGAGAAGAAAUUGAUGAAUUCGGAUUUGAAAAUGAAAUCUCUCGACGUCAUAAGAAACAUAUUACCGGAAUUCGCCGGCAACAAAUCGAACGACGAACAAUGUGACGUCACGAAAGAAGAAGGGAGAAAUGAGAAUGCAAAGGGUGGUGCGAACGACGAUCGCGAAAAUACUCGAAGAGAACCGACGAAACCCGAAACCGUCGACGGUGAUUAUUCGAAAGUCAAAAAUGUCAUGAAAACGGAAAAAGACGGGAAUGAUUCCGAGGAUGUCGUUCUCAGAAAGAAUUCCGAAAAAGUAGUCAGGAACAACGAAACGUUCGUCAAGAGAGAAAGUCUAGUUAAAUUACCGACGGAUAAAAAACAAGACUUGUCGAAAAGGUACUCGUAUCAGGGUCCCCCGUCGAUAAAUUUUGCCACGUGGGGAGAAAGACCCAAAACGACGACGAGAAUAAUAAUAAAAGAUGAAGAUUACGUCACGCAGGAAAACAUAAAUAAAAACAAAAUGGAGGAAAAAACGACGGUGAGUACGAUAACUGGGGCGGGACAGGGAACGGUAACGGUAACGGGUACGACGACGGGGAAGCAGACGAAUAAUAAUAAAAACAACGACGAAACCGGAAACAAACCCAAAGAGGUUAGUAAAAAAACUCAAAUCGUUAUAAAGAAACCUGGGGUUUUAUCACAUUACGAAAUGUUUUCGGCUCUUCCAAAGAAAAAAGAAAUCAAUUCCCUCAAAUUGAUUUUCAUGGAGGAGGAAGAAAAGAAAAAAUUAAACCAAAGCGAGUCAAAAGAACUCAUAAACAACAGGGUGGCACCAGUCGUUUGCGGAAUGGAACUCAAAAAAGAAUUCAAAGAAGUCGGAGUCGGAGUCGGAAAUAAAUUUUCGGAAUCCAUUCGACCGAUUCCCCCGUCGUUACAAUCCCAACCCGCGUCACUUCCGGUCGCGUCGGAUAUGCCGACUCAAUCGAAACACUCGGUUUCCGUGUACAUAAACGGUCACAACAACAACGGUCAAACGGAUGCCGCCGUCGAAAAAACAAAAUCGGAAACGAAUUUUUUAAAACAGAAAAAUUCGGGAAAUUACAUGAUUCCGAAGAGGAAUCCCACGCUCAUGCCCGUCGUGAAAGGAUUCAGGCCGUUGAACGAAACGACGACGACAACGUCGCAGACGACGUUGCAGACGACAACAACAACUACAACCACGUCAAUCGUCAAUUCGUUCAACAACAACAAAGUAAAUAUAAACAUCGAAAGAAAAAAUUAUUGCAAAGAAAUUUCGAAUGACGUCACGCCGUCGGCGAUGACGUCGUCGACGCUGCAAAGGCGAUCGAAUAAUUUGAAAAAUCAAAUUAACGGAAACGUCGUGCCACUACCUCCUCCUUCUCCCUAUUCGACGUCAUCGACGACGUCGACAACAGCGACGCCUAUAAUAAACAAAAUCAAAUUGAAAUCGACGUCGACGACGUCAUCGUUCGUAACGGUUAAAUCAUCCGUAUCGAUUAAUCGAGACGAUUCGAGAAGUCGAUUGUUGGAUGAAAUUCGUAAUUUCGGAGGUUUUGCAAAGGAAAACAAGUUAAAACCGUUAAAUUACGUUUAG